AUGUUACAUAUAAAGCUCAGUGCGGUAGGUUCAAGCAUUCUGUUAGUUUUUUUCAUAGAAGUUAGCCGUAUAGCACCAUUGUUCAAGAUGUUCAUAGAAAUUGAAGAAACUGUCUGUUUUAUUGCUUCGUUCCUAUACGGAAAAAUUCCAAGGAGCAGAGUUGAUUCGUUUGCCGAAGCUGUGGCGAAUGGACUGGUGAGCAGAAUUUACAUCAGAGCUGAGCCUGUCAAGUCGUAUUCGCUCAUGGUAAAUAUGGACGAAAACAAGGACAAUCUUAUUGAAGAGGCAGCAUCUUGUGCUUUCAUCUCGCUUGAUGAACUGAGUGAAUUGCUUCCCGCUAACCUCCUGCUUGAACUUCGAGAAGGUUCCGUGCAUGCAGUAAAUGCUGAUAGUGGGACCGUGAAAUGCAUCUAUCCCGCGCCUGGUGCUGGAAACGACACACAUCGUCGUAAUGGCCGUCGCUCUACAUGCAAAACUACUGAUGCUCGGCGUCGUCCUUGCUUUCGAGUUGAGUUCGCCUAUCCAAAAGGGAGCGAACGUGAUGAAAGAGCUGUAGCCAAACCAAAUUUUGAGGUAGAGCGCAGUGAGCAAAUUUAUUCUGCUCAAGCAUUCGCGGCAACUCGUUUUGGAUCCACCAAACUCAAAACCUACCAGUCGUCACAGUGUGGAGAAAAUGGCUACGGGCAUCAUCCUUUCACUAUGCCAUCAAUCUAUGCUUAUCUGAGGCUGCUCGUGUUCCUAAAUGCGAUCGCUUGCGCAUCAAUGAUGCAAGUCACGGAAGAAGAUUCUGACACUCAAAAAAGUGAGGAAUACUCUGAUGAGGAGAAGAAGCGACUUUUGGAGGACGCUCAAGGUGACCGUGCAAGUAGCGGGUUCGUUGAUGAUGACGAGCUUAGCGACCAUGUGAAUGAGAAGUGCGAGAAAAGCUGCUAAAGAAGGAGAUUUGAUUGUCGUUGC